AUGAUCAAGGGCGCAGGCGGAGCGGUGGCCGGUCCAUCGCGGCUGUGCAGAUCCACGUUGCAAGCUGUCACACCGCGGCUGGCGUGCGUGUCGUCGUUCUCGACCUCGUGCGCACCACCCCAGCGCUCAAUGCUGUCCUCGCCGAGUGCACGACUAUUGGACGCAAAAGGCAAGCAACGAUGGAUUGAGCCGUCUGUGCACGCUGCAGCGUCGUGUCUGUGCACGCACGGCCAGCGACGCCACCAGCAAACGUUCGUGCGCACCACCUCGCCGGCGGGAGGCCAGGCACGCAUCCAGCUCAAGUCGACGCGCAAUGGCGUGUUUGGGCUCUCGACAUCGCGCGGCACGCGCGCCUACCAAGAAGAUACGGCGUCGGUUUCGUGUCUGCACGUGCCCACGGACGAGCUGCGUCGCAAUUACCUCAAGCUACACGCGCACUCUGCGUCACGCGCGGGCGUCGCCGCCGCCAAUGCUGCGCUCGAGUGGGAUCCGGACAAGGCGGGCGGCGACGAGCUCGCAGGACAGGUGGUUUGGUUCGGCUGCUUCGACGGCCACGGCGGCCAGCAGGUGUCGACAUUCCUGCGCGACGAACUGCACAAUACGUUUGAAAACGUCCAGAGCGAUAUGGUCACCGACACGGUGCAGUAUACGCGUGAGCUCGGCGGAUACUUUCGCCGAUUCACCGGCGGUCUAUUGGAACGCUGGGUGCGAAAGGAGGAGCUCAAGCCCGUGCGUGCCGGACCUGCAGCGGGGCGUCGUGCGCCCGCGGCUGCUGCGGGUGCGGGUGCGGGUGGCGAUGGCAAGAGUGGCGAUGGCCAGAGCGACGCGCCCAACCAGGUGGAGCAUGUGUCGAAGCCCGAGACGCUCAAGAACAUGCUGAGCCACGAGCAGCAGCGUAACAUCGCGGCCAAGGCGGCGGCGUCGAGCAAGACCAUGCUGCAACCCACGCGCAAGUCGGGCGCCAUCAUGAUCGGCGGCAGCAUGGGCGGCGUUGCCGACGCGGGCUGGGACGUGCUCACCAAGCGCAUCCCGCCUCCCGACGGCAUGGAGAAGGAGACGAUGACCAUGGCCGAACGCCUCACGCUCGCCUGGCUCGUUGCAGACCGCCAGAUCCAGUCCAACCCAAACCUCGACGUGGGCGGCAGCACGGCGUCGGUGGCGUUGCUGCAUUCGCUCGACAUGCCUUCCGCUGCAUGGUACUCGUCCGAAUUCGUGGGUCUGCACGUGGCGCACGUGGGCGAUACACGCAUGCUGCUGUGCGCGGCCAAGGACGGCAAAGCCGUGCCUUUGACCACGUACCACCAUCCGGACGAGCCGUCCGAGUCGGAGCGUCUGCGCAAGAUGGGCGGCGGCAUGGUGACCGACUCGUUUGGCGAGGCGCGCUGGAUGGGAGCGCUGGCCAACACGCGUGCGUUUGGCGACUCGCGCUUCAAAAAGGUGGGCAUCACCGUCGAGCCCGAGAUCUUUUCGCAGGUGAUCCGGGGCAGCGACUAUGCGUUUGUGAUCGCGUUCAGCGACGGUGUGGGCGGCGUCAUGUCCGACCAGGAGGUGGUGGAUCUGUGCCGCGACGCCAAGCAUCCGAGCCAGGCGUCCCAGAGCGUGCUCACGUUUGCCGAGGAGCUCGGAGCGCAGGACAACUGCACCGUCAUGGUGGUGCCGCUCAAGGCGUGGGGCAAGGUGGGUGGCACCGACGGCACGCGCGAACGCCGCGAGAUGCGCCGCUCCAAGAUCGACCUGUUUAGAGACAAUCGUCGGUAG